ACUCGGAAGGAAUCUUCGAAGCCAGCUAUCGUUGCCGCGUAGAUUGUUUCAUUGAUCGGAAUAGGGUGGAAUUUCAAAAUGACUAAAAAGAGACAACAUCAAGAAGAUUUUCAUAAACUCAAAUUAAAAGUUGGGAAAAAGAAGUCUCGACUAGAAAAUGCAACUGACACAAAUUUCAGAACAAAGACUAUACAUCUUCCUGAGCAGCUGAGACAGGGUAGUAUACUUCCAACAAAUAAUAGGAAGCUUAAUAUAAAGGAUCUGCUUUCACAGAUGAAUCACUAUAGUGCAGGAGUUAAACAAAGUGCACUUUUUGGACUCAAAGAUCUACUGUCUCAGUAUCCAUUCAUAAUGGAUGCUCACCUUUCAAAUAUACUGAGUGAGUUAGCAGCUGUGUUUACAGACAAGGAUUCUAGUGUGCGAAAAGCAGCAGUUUGCCUUCUUCAGUUCCUGGCUCCCAAAAUACGAGCUGAGCACAUCUCUCCAUUCUUCCCUUUAAUGAGUGCUCAUCUUUCUAGUGCCAUGACUCACAUCAGUGAAGAAAUUCAGGAAGAUUCUUUGAAGAUAUUGGAUAUUUUUUUGAAGGAAUACCCUACUCUCCUGAGGGAUCGCAGUAGUGUAUUACUGAAUAACUUUGUGGAACUUAUUUCUCAUCAGCAACUGUCAACACAGCAGAAAACUAGAAAUAAAAUGAAUUGGAUGAUUUCUGUUAAUCCUAAUCGCAGAAUGAUGUCUCAACAAUGGAGGGUGAAUGUUCUAGUUAGACUUCAAAAAUUCCUCCAGAUCUUGGUAGAAGAUUCUAGUAUACUAGAAAUUGACAGUGAGGGGCAAAAAGAGCGAACUCAUAAUGUCGGAAUUCAGAAGUCCAUAUGUGUUAAUUGGCAAGAACAUGUCACCAGUCAACAGCACAUCCAGUUGUAUGAAAAUAGUGACUUAUAUCCCAAAAUUAAUUCAUUGUUUACACUAAGGUCUUUAAGCAUGACAAGUAGUGAUGAAAAAGGUCUGACAUCCAUGAACAAUUUAAAAGGUUUCAUUCGAGUAAUAAUACCAUUACUGCUUGAUUGUUGGGUUGAAGCCUCUCCUAUACCACUUGCAACUCCAGUUCUUGGAAAUAUUCUGGAACCUGGAUCUCAGCAAAUUAUGGAGGCAGUACUUGGUAUCAUUCAUUUACUGUGGAAAUUUGGAAGACAAAACAAAGAUCCAUAUGAAAUGCAACAAGUAUUAUAUGACAUCUUCAAGCAAUAUUGAUCAUCUUUUGCUGAAUUUAACUUUAUGUGAAAUCAUGGUCUCGCUAGCAAAUACUUCAACAUUGCCUACAGAUGCCCAUUGGCUAGACUUAAUUAGAAAGUUUGUGAUAGAAACUCUUCAGGAUGGCUGUAAAUUAAACAGUAAACAGCUGAACAAAUUGCUCAGAGUGACUUGGAGACUUUUAGAAAUCCAGCUAA